CAUUUGGGCGCUGUGGCUUCGGAGAGCGAUAUUUGUAGUCGUGUAGGCACGAGUUUGCUGGAGUUGGGGGGGAAUGCUGCGGAUGCUAUGGUUGGUACGGUGGCUUGCGUUGGGGUUGUGGGCAUGUAUCACUCGGGUAUCGGCGGCGGGGGCUUCAUGCUCGUCCGCUCUCCCAACGGGACAUAUGAGUUCAUCGACUUCCGCGAAACAGCCCCCGCAGCGGCAUUCGAGGAUAUGUACAAGAACAAUGAGCAAGCAUCCAUCACCGGCGGUCUUGCAUCCGGAGUCCCUGGCGAACUCCGCGGCCUCGAAUACCUCCAUUCCCGUUACGGGAAACUACCCUGGUACACUGUGCUUUCUCCAGCUGUCAAAAUUGCACGUCAAGGUUGGAGGGUCAACGAGGAUCUUGUCAAGUACAUCAAACAAGCCACGAACAACGUCCCCGAGACGAAUGAAACGCACUUCCUUGUUCACGAUCCGGAAUGGGCAAAGGACUUUGCGCCCCAUGGAACGCUGCUGAAGCUCAAUGAAACGAUUACGAGGAAGAGAUAUGCAGAGACGCUAGACACGAUUGCACGUGAAGGAGCUGAUGCAUUCUACGAGGGCCCAAUUGCUGAGGCGACUAUCAAGGCUUUGCAGGCGAAUAACGGAACCAUGACUCUGGAAGACUUGAAGAACUACACAGUGGCCAUCCGGAAGCCUUCGACGAUCAAGUACCGAGACUACAAGCUCACCAGCUGUAGUGCACCCAGCGGAGGGAAUGUGGCUCUGGCAGCGUUGAAGAUCAUGGAAGGGUACUCCGGGGUGGGAGAUCCGGAGCAGAUCAACAUUACGACACAUCGACUCGACGAAGCAAUGAGAUUUGCCUACGGCCAGCGUACUCAGCUCGGAGAUCCACUUUUCCUCGAGGGCAUUGACAAAUUCCAGAACCAGAUGAUCUCGGAGGAGACAGCGAAAGAGAUCAGAAGGAAGAUCAGCGACACGGCCACUUUCGACGUGAGCUACUACGACCCUGAGGGCCUGGAGAGUCUCGAUACCCCCGGAACGAGCCAUGUGGUCACAGCGGAUUAUACCGGUCUGGCGAUCUCGCUGACUACAACGGUCAAUCUCCUGUUCGGGAGCAAGCUCAUAGUCCCUGAGACGGGUAUUAUCAUGAACAACGAGAUGAAUGACUUCAGCAUCCCAAACACAACCAACGCCUUCGGUUACAUCCCCAGUCCCGCCAACUUCAUCCGCCCCGGAAAACGCCCCCUCAGCUCCAUCUCCCCGGUCAUAGUCGAGCACCCCACGCGCUCCAACCGCACCCUCCUCAACACCUUCUACGUCGCCAUCGGCGCCGCUGGCGGUUCCCGCAUCAUCACCUCCACAAUCCAAAACCUCCUGCACAUUCUCGACGGCCAUCUCACCGUGCCGGAAGCGCUGGCCAAGCCGAGAAUCCACGACCAGUUGGUUCCGGCGCAGGUGAGCUUCGAAUACGGAUUUGACAAUGGGACGACUGCCUUUUUGAAGGAGCUGGGGAGUAAUGUUACGUGGGUUGCGCCGGGCCAGAGUACGGCGCAGGGGCUGAGAAGGUUGAGGAAUGGGACGUUUGAGGCAGCAGGGGAGCCGAGGCAGAAGAAUAGUGGUGGGUUUGUGGUGUAGAGUGUGAGAGAGGGCGAAGUUUGACGAAAAUGGCUACGGUGAUUUCCAGGUCAGGGAUAUCAAAUAUACCAGUCCUGGCUUGUAAGGGAUAGUAAUAUCAACAGCUUUACAAAGCAUGAACGACUUCUUCACCAUGCUGAGAAGACACUUCUACACCCCAAAGCCCAAAUAAACAAAGGAUAGUAACUAUGUGGACUUCGUGC